AUGCGCGACCUCCGACUGGAGUUUGUCUUUCCCUGCACGGUAGAGACCUUUGCCGAGCUCGUGUUUGGCGGCGACGGCUUUGCCCGCGCCUUCCAUACCGCCAUCAGCAACCACUCGCUGGCGGUGGGUGGGUGGCGCCCGCCACCAGCCGACGUGCCCACUGGCCAGUCGAUGCGCCUUCUGGAGUAUGCCUCGCCCAUCCAGGCUCCUGCGCUGCUGCAGGCCUACCUCGGCUCUGCCACUGCUGUUGUUGAGACCCAGGUGUACUCGUGGCGUGCCGCUGGGCGGCCUGACGCCGCUCUCCCGGAGGAGCCCUGGCCGCUCGCCGGCACUAACGUGGCCGACGGACGACUCCCGCCUGACGGCUGCGCUGCGCUGCAGGCCGACGAUGAGGCAGCGGGGAUCGAGUUGCCGCCAGAGCUGGAGGCCUUUCGUGUCGACGUCGUCAACCGCUUCCGUGGUGCAAUCGGGCCUUACAUCACCUCGGAGGGAUGCUACCUUGCCGAGCCAGUGUCGGACGCGUCUGACGCGCCAGCAACGCGCUGCACCAUCACCGCCCGUGUGGGCUGGGCCGGCUCGUUUGUUGUCCAGUCGCCAAUGGAGCGGUACAUGCUUUCGUCGGCGGCCGAAGCCUUCCGGAUCUGGGGCGACGUCGCCGCCGACUACGUCGCCACCCAGCUCGCUGCGGACACCGCCACUGACGGCGGCGACGCCAGCCGGGACGAGGUCACCGCCAGUGAGAACGCUGCAGAGUGCGACGACGCCGCAGCUGAUGCACACGCAGCACAGGCAGAAGCUGCAAAGGCAGAGGAGAUCCAAUUCCUCAUGCGCCGGCUCGCUGCGCUCGGGCGCGGCAUCGACGGCCUCGACGAUGCACUGGAUCGGCUGACGCUCAAGCUGGAGUACGCGUAGCGGUACGAUUUGGUGUCUAGAGUGUAUGUUACGGGUUUUCGGCGCCACGUCCUGUGCAGCGUCUUCAGUAAGGGUACGUGCGGGCAGUCUACCAGAGCCACGAGCCAACGCGCGAGAGCAGCGAAUUGACCUUGGACGCCUGCUGCCGCUCGCGGCGCUCACGGGCCCGGCGGCGGCCGGCCAGUGUGUGGUCACCCGAGUUGUUGACGACGGUAAACUUGGAAGCCACAAA